AUGACGGUGUGUGACACGUGCACGGUCUACACCAUCGUGGGGCGGGAGCUCACCCUCGACCAGUGGAUAGAGCUACAGGACACGAUCGAGGCGUAUCUCGACACGACUGGGCUCACCAGCUGGAGCCUCCGCAUGGAAUGGGGUAUUCCCGGCGAGACCACGACCGAGAUCUUCCUCCUGAUGGACGACGAGUGGGAGGGCGAGUUUGACGACGCGAUUGUCGACAUUAUCGAGACGCAGACGGGCGGGUUAAUGGUGUUUGUGGACACGUUCGAACCCGAUGACUGA